AUGAAGGCCUUGCUUCUGCCCGGGGAGGAUGUCCUGGAAAGCAAUGGAUACAUAAGAGGCCACGGAACACAGCUCAAGGACGAUCACAUAGUAUCAACGUACUUUGGGAGGGUAAGGAUUACCAACAAGCUUGUGGCAAUAGACCCUGUGUCUCCGAUGAAGUACAGCCCGGAGGUUGGGAAUGUUGUUAUAGGCAGAGUUGUUGGUAUCCACAACAAGAAGUGGAAGAUGGAACUAAACAGCAAAGCAGAUGUUUAUCUUGGGCUGUCUGCCAUCAACCUGCCCGGCGUGGCUCAACGCCGCAAGCAGGAAUCUGACGAGAUGUCCAUGAGAGACUUCUUCGAUAUCAAUGAUCUUGUGGUGUCUGAGGUCCAGAAGGUCAACAGAAAUGGCACUGCAGCAUUGCACACAAGAAAUGACAGAUAUGGAAAGCUGGGCGAGGGGCUUUUAGUAUUUGUUCCCCACUUCCUACUUGAGCCGCUCAAAACUAGGUUUCUCUCCAAUGGCAGCAUCAGGGCUAUUGUUGGAUGCAACGGAUACAUAUGGAUAGGGAGGAAACACGAAGACCCCUCUACAUUUGUGGAGGCAGCCAGGGUUGCUUCCAGAGUAAGAGAGAUGGCAUUCCAAAAUAGAUAUAUCAAUAUGGAGAGGUUACUUGAAAAGGAAUUGCAGAAUUAA